AUGGAGUCUCCGACAGUCCAAUAUGUGUCUCAAUGUUUUAUCAAACCAAAACAUACUCCGGAAGAGUCAAAACAACCAUUUUACUUGUCACCAUGGGACGUAAUGUUGGUCAUUGAACACUAUAUGCAGAGGGGCUUCGUUUUUGCAAAGCCUCCAGGAUUUGACACCGAUGAUGAGAACCAACUUCAAGAACUUGUGCAGAAACUCAAGGAAUCACUUUCUCUCACCCUUGUUCAUUUCUAUCCAUUAGCAGGUCGUCUGGUAACGCAGAAAAAAGCUGAGAAUCCUUCUGAAUUGGCAAUUUAUGUCGAUUGCAAUAAAAGUCCUGGGGCUCGAUUUAUUCUCGCAUCAUUGGACUUGACCAUGGAUGAUAUACUUUCAACGACGUACGUUCCCCCAAUUUUGAGAUCAUUGUUUGAUCAUGAGAGGUCAAUCAACUAUGAUGGUCACACCGAGUCUUUGCUGACCAUUCAAGUCACUGAGUUGAUAGAUGGAAUCUUCAUUGGAUGCUCCAUGAACCAUAUGGUAGCGGAUGGGAUUUCUCUCUGGCAUUUCUUGACCUCAUGGUCAGAGAUAUUCAAAGCGGAGGGAAAAACUAGUGUAAUCUCAAGGCUCCCAGUACAUGAUCGACUGUUUCCCCGGGGACGACAUAAUCCGUUUCUCAGACUUCCAUUGAUUUAUGACCAUGAUGAUCAAGUCAUCAUCAAUAGAGAUGAAGCAGAUAUAUUGCCAGCUGAUAUGAUUAGGGGAAAAAUUUUUCAUUUCUCAUCUGAGACAGUGAGAAAGCUGAAAGCAAAAUGUCCGCUCAUCUUUGGAGAUGCAUAA